GGCCGAGUCGGUCGCUGUCCUCUACAGUUACUUCAUAUUCCCCACCCCAUCUGGACAGCUGCAUGUAAUGGUGUUUCGAACGAUACGAGUGUCCUAGCAUCCUUGGGAUUGCCACCCAAUACAAAAGCCAUGUCUGUCGCGAUCCGACGAAAAUAAUGUGCCGAAACCGAAGCCACCAUUGUGCCACCUGAAGAUUCGAUUCGUGUCGCAUGAGACUUGGCUUGGCCAACGCAAGGAUCAAACCUUCUGGAAUCUGCGUUCCCAGCCAGCUCUUGCUCCGUCCACUUUCUCUCCGGCUCUGCCUCCUCGCCCAGACAUGCGACAGCUCAGGAUGAACAAGUUGAUCGCCUUAUUGGCGGCGGUGAUGUCGCUCACUGCAUACGUAUCUGCCCAGAACUUCCAGCACUCGUGCUACAACUACUAUCUUGACAACGGUGUCGCAGACGGGACCAAUGAGCUUUACCUCGAAGGCUUCUGCUCCGGGGGCGCCGACGAGGAGGGUAAGGAGCGAACGCGCAUCUGCACCAGGCUGAAGCUCGACGACUGCUACAAGAACGUCAACGGCAUACUCAAGGCGUGGGAAGCCGGCGAGGAGCCAUCGGAUAACCUGAGCUCGACGUGCGAAAUCGACAGCUGCGCCUUCAUGAAGGAUGCCUGGGACGGGCCUCUGAUGACGUGCCUGUGCAGGAAUGACAAUGGGCACUUUGUCGAUACGACGAUCAACCUGAACUCAGAGAUAGGAAACGUGGGGGGCAUACUGCAGUGUGGUGACCAGUAUGGAAGUCCGACCUGUCCUGAAUGGGGCCCUGACUCCAUAACGUUCUUGCCCGAGGAAGACCUAUGACAGCUGUGACACCUUUUCAUACUUAGGUAGCAAGUCAUGAUAAGAAAUCAAGACAGCUUUGUUGCGUACUUUGCUAAGUAUGGCAGGAUAAUGGAUUUGUAGUCUCAGUUUACCUCCAGAUGUCUAGGCUGCGCUGCGGCUGGUGUCUUGUGACUCUCAAUGCCGUUGUUCUGUACUUGUGACUAGAGUCCGGUGGCUGAGAAGCUGUGCAC